AUGCAGCUCUACUCCUUGAUCAUAACAGGCUUGGUGGCCAGUACAUCGGCCGCUACGACCGAGACCUAUGACUAUGUCAUCGUCGGAGGUGGCACCGCCGGAGGAGCCCUCGCCACUCGACUGAGCCUCGGCCUUCCUAAGCACAAGAUCCUUCUUUUGGAAGCAGGCCCAGCAGCUCUUGACGACUUGCGUAUAAAUGUACCAGGCAUGCGCGGUGCGCUCAUGGGAACUUCGAACGAUUGGAACUUCUCUUCCAUUGCACAACCUGGCCUCGAUGGACGUUCCAUCAGCGUCAACCGUGGUAAGGUCCUUGGCGGAUCAUCAGCGAUGAAUUUCCUAUGCUAUGACCGCGCCGCAUCUGCUGAGUACGACGCAUGGGCCGAGCUCGGCAGUCCCGGGUGGAAUUGGAGAACCAUGAUCAAUGGUAUGACCAAGUCAGAGAAUUUCACAGGCAAAGAUGGCGACGUCCACGGUCGCACCGGCCCCAUCAGGUCCACUUACAAUCGCAUCGUCCCUGAUGUUUUGAAGCCAUGGCAGUCUGUUGUUAACAAGCAUGGCGUUCCCGUCAAUGAUGGAGGGUCACUAGGAGGAGACCCUGUCGGAGUCAUGUUUCAGCCAACCAACAUUGACGUGACCAACUACACCCGAUCAUACAGCGCCAACAGCUAUCUACCAAAGGCUGGGCCAAACCUCUCAGUCAAGACAAACGCCCAUGUCGCCAGAGUUUUAUUUUCUAAGGCCAAGGGCUUGGUUGCUACCGGUGUUGCACUCCAAGAUGGCUCUACAAUUCGGGCCCGCAAGGAGGUUAUUCUCUCAGCUGGUUCCAUUCAGAGUCCAGGGCUACUUGAGCUGUCUGGUAUCGGACAAGCCCCUAUUCUCGCCAAGGCGGGUGUCAAACAAUUGCUCAAUCUUCCCGGUGUGGGCGAGAACUACCAGGACCAUAUUCGUACCUCCAACACGUAUAGGCUGAAGAAAGGGUACGAAUCCUUCGAUCCCAUGCUUUUCGACAGUGAGAGCGCUUUGGCCAAGGAGCAAUUUAACCUAUGGCUUCAAAAUAAGGUGUCGUGGUAUGACUAUACUAGCAGCGCGUAUGCUUUCCUCAACUGGGCCCAGGUCAGCAAGAAGACAGGAAAGCAUCUCACUCAGGUUGCCAAUGACGGCUUUGCCAGCAAUGGUACGGUCGUGGAUAAGAAAAAGCUCGAAUACCUGACCGAUCCUUCUAUUCCCCAGCUAGAGCUCCUUCUAGAAGCCAACUACGUCGGCGCCGCAGGCUAUCCUGGCGGCAACUUUAUCACUAUCUUUUCUAGUAUCAUGCAUCCCAUGAGCCGUGGUAGUGUUCACAUCGAUCCGAAAACUCCUAGAGGCAAGCCAGUCAUUGACCUACACUACCUCACCAACGAGUACGACGUUCAAGCGCUCAUUGAGGGUGCCAAGUUUGCCCGUAAAGUUGCCGAGACAGAGCCUCUGAGAUCCUUAUGGGAAGAGGAGACAGAGCCCAGCCCGGAGGUGAAAACCGACAAACAGUUCCGUGAUUUUGCCGUCAAGACAGUUAACAGCUUCUACCAUCCCAUCGGCACCUGCGCGAUGCUUCCUAAGAAGGAUGGUGGUGUUGUCGACAAGGACCUCAAGGUAUAUGGCACUAAGAACCUUCGUGUGGUUGAUGCUAGUAUUAUUCCUGUCCAGUUAUCAGGUCAUAUUCAGACGGCGGUAUAUGGCAUUGCGGAGACAGCAGCGCAGAAGAUUAUUACUGCGGCGUACCAGUAG